AUGUGGAGUGCAGCGUUUUGGCUGCUCUCAUUGUUGAAAGCAUUCACCCAAGCACAAUAUGGAGUGCCUCCAGUACAACACACUUAUGCGAGGUCAUCACCUGUGCGUAAUGGUUCGUUAUUGUCUAAAUUGACGAAUUUUUGA